CUCGCGGACAGGCGCCGCGCACAAGGUCGGGCGCUGGGUGGCUGGUCACUGCGGGCGGGUCCGCUGCGUGGUCGCGGUCCCCUCCCGGAGGCGCGCGCCCGCAGUUCCCCCCUCACCCCCGCCCUUCCCGUCCUUCCCACUCCUCCCUCCCUCUCUCCUCUCCUCGGCGCCCUCCCUCCUGCCGUCCGUCCCCCCAUCUCUGCCCAGCGUCUCCACCGCCGCCGCUCCAACACCUGAGGGGACAGAAGCGGACGUGGGGAGCUCCAACAGGCGGCUGUGGCGCGGGACCGCCGGUCCAGGGGCGGCCUCCGCAUGGCCCCGCCGUGAGAGGGGACCUCGUGGCUGGGACCUGAGCGGAUUAAGCAUCGUUUCUGUUCAUCUCCUUGACUUCUCAACACCCCCGUAAAGGAAGCCCCCAGCCCAGUACCCUCCACUAAUCACAAGCAUGGACUCCUCUCUGGAUCCUGCAGCCAGGGCUGAGAAUGUGUGAAGAGGUGCAUGACUGGCUGCAGCCAGCCUGGAGUUUUGUCUCCUUUCUCCAGCAAGCAUGGAGAGGGCUCUUCAAGAGUUUUCUGGAGUCCUAGGGCUGGUUGGGACUGGGUAGAAGCAGUGGCAGCCAUGGAUGAAGACAAGCUCCGGUCUGAAUUGCCUGAGGAAGGUGGUGCCACGCAGGACCCCAGCCUGGAGUCUGAAGAGAAGCCUGGGGUCCAGAAUGGAGUGGCAGCCAGUGAGGGUCUAAGCAGCUGCCUCAACAGUCCAUGUGAUGAGAAGAAAGGCACCCUGGAGGAUGCUGAGAAGCCCACUGAGGACCUGAAUGUGGCCCUCCCUGGUCUCAGCCACUCUCUCACCAAUGGCCUAGCUUUGGGAUUAGAUGGGAACAUUCUGGAAGAUUCCACAGAGUCUGGGACCUGGAGGGCAAGUGGGCUGGCAGAAGAAGACGAUACCUCUAGGAGCCUCUGUCCAGAUGCUGAGGACUUUCAGCUGGGGCUGGAUGGCCCUAGGGAGCCAGAUGUACGAGAUGGCUUCAGUGCCACGUUUGAGAAGAUUCUGGAGUCUGAGCUGUUGCGGGGCACCCAGUACAGCAGCCUGGACUCCUUAGAUGUGCUGAGCCUCACUGAUGAGAGUGACAGCUGUGUCAGCUUCGAGGCCCCCCUCACACCCCUCAUCCAACAGCGGGCCCGAGACAGCCCUGAGCCUGGGGCUGGGCUAGGCAUUGGGGACAUGGGGCCUGAGGGGGAGAUGGGGGCAGCUGGUGGUGGUGACAGGGAGCUGGGCAGCCCCCUGAGGUGCUCCAUCUCCAGCAGCCGCUCAGAGAAUGUCCUGAGCCACCUCUCUCUCACGUCGGUGCCCAAUGGGUUCCAUGAAGAUGGACCUGGGAGCCCAGGAGGGGAUGAUGAGGAUGAUGAGGACGCGGACAAGUUGUUGAACUCAGCCAGUGAUGCCAGCUUCAAGGACAGCCUGUCGGACUCGGACUCAGAGCUAAGCAGCUCAGAGGGGCUGGAGCCUGGCAGCACAGAUCCACUGGCCAAUGGGUGCCAAGGUGUCAGUGAAGCUGCUCGCAGGCUGGCCCGCCGUCUCUACCACCUUGAAGGCUUCCAACGCUGUGAUGUGGCCCGGCAGUUGGGCAAGAACAAUGAGUUCAGCAGGCUGGUGGCUGGGGAGUACCUCAGUUUCUUCGACUUCUCAGGCCUCACUUUGGACCGAGCACUCAGAACCUUCCUGAAGGCCUUCCCACUGAUGGGGGAGACUCAGGAACGUGAACGGGUCCUUACACAUUUCUCCCACCGGUAUCGCCAGUGUAACCCUGAUGACAGCACCUCAGAAGAUGGAAUCCACACGCUCACCUGUGCAUUGAUGCUGCUCAACACGGACCUGCAUGGACAUAACAUUGGGAAGAAGAUGUCCUGCCAGCAAUUCAUUGCCAACUUGGACCAGCUGAAUGACGGCCAAGACUUUGCCAAAGACCUGCUGAAGACUCUUUACAACUCCAUCAAGAAUGAAAAGCUGGAAUGGGCUAUUGACGAGGAUGAGCUGAGGAAAUCCCUGUCUGAGCUGGUGGAUGACAAGUUUGGGACAGGCACAAAGAAGGUGACUCGGAUCCUGGAUGGUGGCAACCCCUUCCUGGAUGUACCGCAGGCUCUCAGUGCCACCACUUACAAGCAUGGCGUGCUGACUCGGAAGACUCAUGCUGACAUGGAUGGCAAGAGGACACCCCGUGGGAGGCGUGGCUGGAAGAAAUUCUACGCGGUGCUCAAAGGGACCAUCCUGUACCUGCAGAAGGAUGAAUACAGGCCUGAUAAGGCUCUGUCAGAGGGUGACUUGAAGAAUGCCAUCCGUGUGCAUCAUGCUCUGGCCACCAGGGCAUCUGACUACAGCAAGAAGUCCAAUGUACUCAAGCUGAAGACAGCUGACUGGAGGGUAUUCCUCUUCCAGGCACCGAGCAAGGAAGAAAUGUUGUCCUGGAUUCUGAGGAUCAACCUGGUAGCUGCCAUCUUCUCAGCCCCAGCCUUCCCAGCAGCUGUCAGCUCCAUGAAGAAGUUCUGUCGGCCCCUUCUGCCCUCCUGUACCACCCGCCUCUGCCAGGAGGAGCAGCUGCGGUCUCAUGAGAAUAAGUUGAGGCAGGUAACGGCAGAGCUGGCUGAGCACAGGUGUCACCCAAUGGAGAGAGGCCUCAAGUCCAAGGAGGCGGAGGAGCACCGGCUGAAGGAGCACUAUCUCACGUUUGAGAAAAGUCGUUAUGAGACCUAUAUCCACCUCCUAGCUGUGAAAAUCAAAGUGGGCUCAGAUGACCUGGAGCGGAUUGAGGCUCGGCUGGCUACUCUAGAAGGGGAUGACCCUGCUCUCCGGAAGACCCAUUCAAGCCCUGCUCUCAGCCAAGGCCAUGGGCCUGUGACUGGCAGCAAAGCAACAAAGGACGCCUCUGGGCCUGAUACUUAGCUGGUGUGGAUACACAGGCCCUGAAGGCAGGCAGAUGUCCCCAGGGGGCGUCAGUGAGCACAAUUCCAGUCAGGGGUUGCUUGGACCAAGCCCCAGGCAGUUGACAGGCUGCUAUCAGAGGGGUGCAGAGAGUCCUGUGGUCAAGGAGAUGGAGAUGCCAUUCAUGGUGUUGGUCUUCUUGCAUCCUGGGCCAUCUCUGGCCUAGACCCUCUCCCGGCCCUGGCUGCUCUCACCACAUGUGGCCUGGUUUUACUGACCGGGCAUGCUCUACCACCCCCAACUGGAGAAGUCUGACACUGUUGCUUCCCCAGGCACCUCUUCUCAUCAAGCUCCUUCCUCAUCUUGUGUGUGUGAGGGUAGGUCUGAACUCUGGGUCUCAGCUUGGACUCCUACCCUUUCUUCUCUUUGCUCUCAGUUGACUAGCAGCGGGUCUGCAGACCACCAGCACCAUUGUCCCCUUCCUUUUCCCAGCAACCUUUUCAAUAGGCCCAGUUCUCCUGCCUCACAUCACAAUAAUCUGGGGCCUGACCUUCACUCAGUGCCAAGCUGACUCCACUUGUGUGUGUCCACCUCUCCUUCCAUCCACUGAGGCCUCUACUGCCUCUUUUUUUUUAUACAGACAUAAAUGUAUAUGUAUAUAUAUAAAAUUAUAUAUAUAUAUAUCUCAUUUAAAGGUUUUAGAACUGCUACCAGAGGAUGAAAUCAGAUGAAGGAAAAGCCCAUUUCGGAGCUCAGCCCAAUAGUGAGGAGGACUGCCAUGGGACCCUCCAUGUUCCUGACACUCUGGAAGGGAAGAUGAAGAUUCUCCUCUGCUCUUGCCUUUUCCUCUUUUGGCUGACUUGUGACUCACAACUGCUUUUCCUGUUGAUGCCUGUGGACGGACUGUGCAGGAUGAGUGUGUGUGUGUGUGUGUGUGUGUGUGUGUAUGACCUCCAUUUCAAGGGUAUCCUGCAGGGCGAAUGGGUUGGGAACACACCUUUGUUUGUACUUGGAUCUUCCUGUACUGUCAGGUCUCUGAGCUUCAGGGAUGGCCUCUGUACAGACCUACUGCACAGAAAUGAAAGCACCACAUGUCAGCAAGGCUGGGUGAUGGAGUAGGGUUAUUGAAACCAUUAAUUCCUAGUCUUUGGAAAAGGUGGAAUGACAAGUUGCUGAUUAUUGAUAUUUCUUUCAUUUUUCUAGUGAAUCAGAAGGCUUAUCUGAGGAUAUAUCUGGGAAGAAUAGAGACAUUUGUUCAUCACAAGUUGGCAUCCUUUAAACCCUGCAUCCCUUAGAGCAACAAGUGGGUUGGGGGGAAUAACCCCCUUGAUGAGGCUAUCAUGAGCCAAUCUUUCUUGUUGUUUAGAUCACUGUAGUUUGUCCAGAAAUUUGAUCUCUUUGGUGACAUAUUUAGUUAAUAAGAUAAGCCAGCGUUGCAACUAAGACCUAACAUUGGAAGCCCAUUCACAUCUGAUGCAGGGAUCUAUGAGUGUGUGGAGAGGUAUAGGGGUUUAAAUCUAGAUUAUUUUAAUUGGGUCAGCUGAAACGUGUUUUAUAACCAAACCAUCUGGUCCGUUUGUUUUGCUCAGGGGAAGUAAAUGUUCAUUUAAAUGAAUUCAGAAAAGCAAUGUAGCCGCAUCAGAGUUCUCUGUACUUUCUCCAGCUCCCUGAAGGUCCUUUGAUUUUCAGGCUGGCGUCCCACCAUCUACUUCAUGAAGGUGGGGGAUGAUGACAGCAGAGGUGUGGGCUGGAACAGCCUCAGACGGGUGCACUUCCCCAAGCCCUAGUUGUGCCUCCCAUCAGUAAAGACAUUUUUAGUUCACUUCCUUAAUUGUAUAAUUCUUUAUUUGUAAAUUAUAUACAUGUACUACUGUACUAAAAUAUUAUGUACAUUAUAAACAUACACAAAAAUAGAAAUUUAA